AUGCCUUCAUUCUUGACCUUGGCCGUUGCGGUGCUGCCUUUCCUGGGUAGCACCAGUGCCCUCUCGAAACGACAGAAUGGGUCUUUCGUCACUGUAUCGAAUCGCUACAUUGUCGAAUUUGCCCAGGGCCAAGCCUCUUUGCAAGGAGCAGUCGCCUCCCUCCCCGACAUCGAAGUCGUCAAGACAUUCCAAAACGACAUCUUCUCCGGCGCAUACGUCAAGACCGAGACGCACGACGUAGCCAGCCUCCAAGCGCUUCCCGACGUCGUCAAAGUGUGGCAUAACCAUGUCGUCAAGCUUGACCCCGUCAAAGUCGCGCGGUCCUUUAGCGACGACGCGGCUUCGGCGAACUACUCCACGCACCACACGACUGGCGUGAACAGGCUGCAUGAGAACGGAGUCUUUGGGGAGGGCGCGAAGGUUGGCGUUGUUGAUAGCGGGAUACAGUAUUCUCAUCCUGCACUCGGCGGCGGAUUCGGCGCGGGUUUCAAGGUUGCUGGAGGGUAUGACUUUGUUGGUGACGGAAACUGGCCCGAUUCGGGCGAGAAAGAACCCGACCAAGAUCCGCUCGACAUUCUCGGCCACGGAACCCACGUCGCGGGCAUCGUGGCGGGGUCUUCUACAAACUUUGUCGGUGUCGCCCCGAGAGCCUCGCUCUACGCGUACAAAGUCUUCACCUCAACAGGCGAAACAGACGAAGCCACACUGAUCGAGGCGUUCCUCCAAGCCUAUGAUGACGGUAUGGACAUCAUCACCGCCAGCAUCGGCGGCCCCAACGGCUUCUCCGACAACGCCUGGGCCGAAGUAGCCUCCCGCAUCGUCGACCAGGGCGUCCUCGUCACCAUCGCCGCCGGAAACUCAGGCGACUCCGGGCCCUUCUACGGCUCCUCCGGCUCCUCGGGAAAGAACGUCCUCGCCGUCGCCUCUGUCGAGGGCGAGGCCGCGCCGAUGCCGGCCUUCAAAGCUACCUUCGCCCUCCGCAACGAGACCUCGUCCAGCAGGAUCGGGUACAUCCCUUCUGUGCUGUACUUCCCCGAGUCCGUCGCCGGUUGGCCCAUCGUGCCGCUCGGGCUGGACACUAAUGCUACUGCCGAGGCGUGCGAGCCGUACCCGGCAGGCUCACAUAAUCUGACCGGGGUUGUGGCACUGGUGCGGCGCGGCGGGUGCGACGCCAUGACGAAGCAGGCGAACCUCAACGCCCUUGGCGCGCAGUACAUCCUCAUCUACAACAACGAGAGCCCGCUCGCGCAGCUGUACACGGAUAACUACCAGAGCGCGCUAGCCGUAAUCGAGAGACACUCAGGCGAGGCCAUCGUCGAGGCUGUCAAGGCCGGGGCCAGCGUCACGGCCGACUUCUCCGCCGGACCAGACGACGUGGUGGGGUUGCCGCGCGACUUCGCCGGGCUCCCGUCGUCGUUCACUUCCUGGGGCGGGUUAUACGACCUCGAGCUCAAGCCGGAUAUCGCUGCGCCCGGCGGGGAGAUCUUCAGCGCGUAUCCCACGGACGGGUUCUCGACGCUUAGCGGGACAAGUAUGGCGUGUCCGUACGUAGCGGGCGUGGCGGCGUUGUAUAUCGGCGUACACGGCGGCCGGGGCGUUCACGGGCCUGGCUUCGCCAAGAUGCUUGCGCGGAGGAUCAUUGCCAGCGGGAAGACGGUGAAGUGGUGGGACGGCGUUCUCGACAUGGCGGCUCCGCCUCCGCAGGUGGGCACGGGGCUGGUUGACGCGUUCAAAGUCGUGAACGCCACCACGUCGCUAGAGUUUGAGAAGUUCGCCCUCAACGACACGGCGAACUUUGCCGCUUCCCAUGAGGUUGUGGUGAGGAACGAGGGGAGCGGGGAUGUGGCGUACACGUUCUCCGUAGAGGACGGGGCCGGGAUGGAGAUUCUGCUGCCGCUUGAUACGUCGGUUAGUAGCUCGCCAAGGGUGAGGGCUCUGGAGGAGGUUCAGCCGAGGGAGAUGCCGGUUGAGGUUGUUUUGCCGGAGGGGUUUACGCUCAAGGCUGGGGAGUCGAAGACUGUCAGUGUGACGUUCCAAGCACCCGACUUUGGUAACCCGGCAGGAUUGCCGCUGUACAGUGGGAAAGUCAUCGUGAGUGGAAGCAACAAUGAGUCCCUCGCCAUACCGUACAUGGGUCUCGCGGCAGAUUUGAAGAAGGAGAUGGACGACAUGUACAUGCACGGCUUCCCCAAAGCAACGACGACGUACAACUUUAUCCCCAUUGAAGAGAAGCCUUACUGGACGAAUGAGAUUUGGGAGGAUGAGGAUUGGCUUUGGCUGACCAUUCAGAUGAAGUGGGGGUCCAAGGAGCUCCGAUGGGACAUCUACGAGGCCGGAUGGAACGAGAGCAACUGGAGCUACCCGCCGGCGGUCGGCGAGGACGGUUACAUUGGGUCGGUGGCGUACUACGACCGGUCCGACACCGAGUACUGGAGCCCGUUCUCGGACUCGAGCGGGCCGUUUGACGUGAUCCCGUUCCCGCUGGAGAACGUGCACCGGAACGCGAUCUACACGUCGUACCGGCAUACGUUUUUCUGGUUCGGCGUGUUGGCGAACGGGUCGCAGAUCGAGCCUGGGAAUUACACGAUGCGAUUCGCUGCCCUCAAGCCGUUUGGAGACCCGGCCAAGUCUGAGGACUGGAGCAUCUGGAAGUCUCCUCAGGUUUCCAUCCUGGGAAAGUUUGGGCCGAGUCCUUGGGGUUGA